UAUCACACUCCGCUGUUACCAUUCCUCUAGUUUCAGCAGCCAUUAUCUCUCACAUAGGGCACGAUUAGGUCUUCUAUAGCAAAAGCACCGAGAAACAUCAUGUGUGUCCGAUCGCAAUGCUGACUGUGCACGCUCCGCAUCCGUCGAGUUCGUUUGAAGACAAGGGCUGCGGAAUGGGUUGCUUCUGUUUUGGGAGCUCUGCGGAUAAAGAACCUCCUGUCAAAGCUGAAGAGAUUAAAGAGGAGGUCGAAUCAGUCGUUAGCGAGGAACCAGAGGAGCAGAUAGUCUACGCUGGUGUUCAAGAUAGAGCUAUAUGGAACUGUCCUGGAGGCCGGCACAUCUCAGGAGAUUUUUCGAUGGCGGUUUGUCAGGCGAACACGAUACUUGAAGAUUUUUCCAUUGUCCAGAGCGGGAAGUUCGGAACAUUUGUGGGGGUUUUUGACGGACAUGGCGGAGCCCAAGCUGCAAGUUUUCUCAAUGACAACAUGUAUUCCAUAUUAGACAGAGCCACAGGGGAAGCUGGUGGACCAAGUGAAGAGAGUUUCAGAAAGGCUUUUGAAGACGCAGAAGCGCAGUUUUUGGAAGUAGUCAGAGAAAACUGGAAGAUGAAGCCAAUCUUUGCUGCAGCAGGUUCCUGUGCUCUCGUUGGGUUAGUACAGUCAUCCACUCUAUACAUUGCUUCAGUAGGCGAUUCCAGAGCAGUUGUCGGCUCACUUGAUCCCGACGGUGAUGGAACUUCUUUACGAGCGGAGGAGGUCUCAGAGGAGCACAGUGCUAGUUGCGAGAAGACCAGGCAGGAGGUCAAGGAAAUGAUUCAAGGGGAUGACAAUAUUCUCGUCGAGAAAGGUGGUGUUUGGCGUGUGAAAGGGAUUAUUCAGGUAACACGAUCAAUCGGAGAUUUCUACUUGAAGCAUCAAGAGUUUCAGAACAAUCCACUGUACACUCGGUUUCGCUUGCCGGAACCCCUCACGACUCCAGCCCUCAUCUGCCAGCCGUCACUACUAGUCAAACCAUUGACUGCGAAGGAUCGCUUCGUUGUCUUUGGCUCAGAUGGGCUUUGGGAAAACGUCUCAAACGAGGAAACUGUGGAGAUCGUGUCAAAGUUUCCAAGACUGGGCAUAGCAAGGCGACUAGUGAAGCUUGCCAUGAUUCGCGCCGCAAGGAAGCGGAAGCUGACCUAUGGGGAUCUCAAAAGACUAGGACCGGGUCGGAGACGGCAGGUGCAUGAUGACAUAAGUGUCGUGGUUCUCUUUCUAGACAGUGCAGUGGGAAAGGGCAAGAAGAAGCCGAUUGCUGACAUCACAGUAAAAUCGUAUCAGACAUUGACACCUCGGCCAGAAGAUGGUUCAGUUCCAGAGGAGGAGGAGGUUCCAGAUGAUUUCAAGUUUGGGGCAGACGACAGCAGUGCAGCUGAUGGGGAUGGAGUUGAUGGCACACCAGCAGCAGAGUCAUGAACUGACAUAGACCAACCAUUGAAGGCAAUGGAAUUACAAGUUCUAGGAGCUAGUUGAGAUAGCACAAGUGCCAGCCUCUUUGUUGCUGUCUUCCAUCUAUAGCGUUGACACCUGAUAAACUUAGGAUGUCUUUGUUUCUCCAGCACUUUCCAUCUCCAUGGAACUUUUGUGAGUGGGGGUAAUCUAUGGCAGCCAGCUUUGGCAGGGAUGGGGUUCUGUCCUCAGUGUGUCCCUUCAUUUCCAGGGUUGUACUGUGUUGAAAAUAUACUUUUCAAAACGGA